UUAAUUUCGGAAAGGAAACAUUUAGAGAAUUAUGUUCUUUUUUUAAUAUAUAUAGUGAAUAUAAAAAGAGUAAUAGUUGUUUUGAUUAAUUAUAUAUACAAUUAUUGUUAUCUGAAUGUAGUAGUGAAAACCAUCCUUAACAAAGUAUUUUUCCUUUAACCACCACUUCAACAUCAAUCGAUCAAGGAAGGAGUUUACUGAUGCAAGGGAAUAAGAAAAGUUCUCUAGGACAGUGUUCUGCAUCGCUAGUAUCGAUAUAUCAUAAGAGAGUCAUUCAGCAAACAGAAAGCUGUCCUAUCGUUGCAUCUCGGUGUAAUCCUUACGAGUUGUGGAAAUCAACUUGGCAAUAACAUGUUGCAUUGAUAUGCAAGUUGUAUAACUUAACAGAUUUUACUUUAUCGGCCUGUUACAAAUGCGUUACGGUAUUCUACGAAUAGUAAAGAAACAAAUCAAUGAAAACAUCGUCACUAAAUAAAAUAUUAUCUCAAAUAUUUGAAAAAUAUAUAAUAAUAAAAAAUAAUUUCAAAUAGUCCAAGAUAAAAAUAAAUUCCAAAAAAAUCCAAUAGAAAAAUCGAUUACCGUAGUAAUCCUAUUUGUGAGAUUACUCAAGCUUCACCACACGUAUUGGAAAAAGCAAAGGAUAAUUAACCAUUAAAAGAUGUAUAUGGUUUCAUUGAAAAUUCUUCGCUAAAAAAUAUUACUGCAUCUCAGUUUUGCUAUAAUUGAAGAAGAAAAACAAGACCUAGCUAAUUAAAAGUCAAGAUCGAUGAUGGCGAAUCUUGUGGCAAAUCCAACAACUGCGAUACAAAUGAAUACGAUUGCUUCCAAAAAAAUAAGUAUCAUACCAGUUUUAAUAUCUGUCUUAAUUUACUUCAAUUAUUACCUAAUAAAUCCCAUAAAUCAACCUCCGGUCAUGAAAAAUCUAUUAAAGGAAUACGAUUUCAUAGUAAUCGGUGGUGGUUCAGCUGGUAGCGUUGUUGCUAACAGACUAACAGAGAAUUCAGAAUGGAAUGUACUUCUUUUAGAAGCGGGUGGUCAUGAAAAUGAGAUUACGGAUAUACCAGCUUUCUCCAUAUACUUACAGAACACUAAAUUGAAUUGGCAAUAUAAAACUCAAGCGCAAAAUACUGCUUGCCAAGCAAUGAAAGAUAACCGUUGUUGUUGGCCCCGUGGAAAGGUAUUAGGUGGUUCAAGCGUACUUAAUACAAUGCUUUAUAUCCGCGGAAACCGUCGUGAUUUCGAUCAAUGGGAAAGCUUUGGUAAUCCAGGAUGGGGAUACGACGAUGUACUCCCAUACUUUAAAAAGUCACAGGAUCAAAGAAACCCAUAUUUGGCGCGAAACACCAAAUAUCAUAGCACAGGUGGUUACCUAACCGUUGAAGACUCUUCGUAUAAAACAUCUCUGGCUCCAGUUUAUCUUCAAGCUGCAAAAGAACUGGGUUAUAAUAUCAGGGAUAUAAAUGGCGAAAAACAAACAGGUUUUGCAUUUUUUCAAUAUACAAUGCGCAGAGCUACAAGGUGCAGCACAGCCAAGGCAUUUAUACGACCCAUUCAAUUUCGAAAGAAUUUUCACUUAUCAUUAUGGAGCCAUGUUACGCGUGUUCUCAUAGAUCCAAGUACGAAAAAAGCCUACGGCGUAGAAUUCAUUAGGAAUGGUCGUGUCGAGACCGUAUUUGCAAAGAAAGAAGUUAUACUUUCGGCAGGUGCCAUAAACACUCCUCAAUUAUUGAUGCUAUCUGGAAUCGGUGCUAGGGAUCAUCUGGAAGAACUUGGUAUUCCAGUGAUCCAGGAUUCACCUGGUGUAGGACAGAACCUUCAAGAUCAUAUAGGAUUUGGUGGUCUAGUCUUCCUCGUCGACUACAAUACCAGUUUGAAGACAUCUGCUUUUAUGAACUUAAAAACUAUAUUGGAAUAUAUAAUUAACAGAAAAGGCCCUCUAACUUCGAGCAUUGGUCUGGAACUAGUAGGUUUUCUAUCCUCCAAAAACGCCAAUCAAACCGAUGAUUGGCCUGACAUAGAAUUUAUGAUUACCUCUGCCACGAUUAAUAACGCACCUGAUAUAGCGGAAACUGCUUUCUGCCUAACGGAAGAUUUUUAUGAUGAAGUCUACGGCGAUAUCAUUAAUCAUAACAGUUUCAACAUUAUUCCAAUGAUCCUCAGACCUAAAUCUCGUGGUUAUAUAAAAUUAAAGUCAAAAAACCCGCUAGAUUAUCCGUUGAUGUAUCACAAUUAUUUGACGAAUCCUGAUGACAUGAGAGUAUUGCGAGAAGGAGUCAAAGCAGCAAUUGCAUUUGCUGAAACAAGUAGUUUGAGAAGAUUAGGAGCAAGAUUUCACAGUAAGCCAUAUCCAAAUUGUAAACAUCAUCCGAUGUUCACAGACGAGUAUUGGGAAUGUGUAAUUCGUCAAUUCACGAUGACUAUUUAUCACCUGAGCUGUACUGCGAAAAUGGGUCCACGAUCCGACCCAAUGGCCGUCGUAGAUCCCUCUUUAAAAGUAUAUGGAGUAGAAGGACUUCGAGUGAUCGAUGCUUCGAUCAUGCCCACGAUCACUAAUGGCAAUAUUAAUGCACCUGUGAUAAUGAUAGGUGAAAAGGGUUCAGAUCUCAUAAAAAAAGAUUGGUUUUAUAGACAAAAAAGAAGCAAUAAGACUAUUGCAGCUUCUUUCGAUGAACAUUAAGCAAUUAUUACAGUUCAUCGAACGAAAGUAAAAUAUAUAUCAUUAUUAUUACGGCGCAUAAAAUGACUACGAGAAUGAACUACGAGAAUAGAUAGAAAGUUUUUUAAGGUUUACGUUUCCUAUUUCUUUUUCUAUCUUUAAAACGAUAUUUUAUACAAAUAAAAUGUAUUUAAUCAAACGAUUCAUUAAAUCAUUUUAUUUUCUUAAGCAAAGUAAUUAUGCAUUUACAUAAUAAUAAAUAAUAUUGUGUUGUAAAUUCCAUUGCUAUUUACGAACAUUGAAAACAAUUUAAUGUAAAAAGAGUGACAUUCGUGGAUUGAUAAUGUCUCACUUGAACCAUUUAUAACCCAAUUUCCUUUCUUUCUAAUCUUUCUUUUACUGAAUAUAACAUAAAAUGUUCUUUCACUAUACCUUCUUUUCGUCCUUGACUUAAAUAAAAAGCAAUUUGUGUUUUAAAACCUAGAUGGCUAGAUGGAAUCGACGUUUGCUUCAAACAUUAUAUAAUAGACAAUCACUUCUUAUAUAAAAGCCAAACAUUUAUGAUUAUCAAAUUUAAUAGACGGAACACGAUGAGGUAAUACCAUUUUAUUGAUUAUGUAAUUUUACUAUGUCUGGGUCUUCGAUGUUAAUUUUUUUUAAGUUUUUUUGUCUCAUCUUCUACUAUACUUAUUGGUUAUACUCCAUGAAAUGUACAUUAUAAGUACCUCAUUAUCAUACUAUUUUACAGUAUUUACGAUUCGUAAACAACCCUUCAUAACUCAGUUUCUCUUUCUCACUUCUUCUUCAAAGGAAAACAUACAAUUUUUCAAUCGAUUUGAUCGUACAGUUUCAACACUUGAAAUUUCCAUUUUUGAAAGUUCUUUUAUUAAUUCAAUACAUGUCCAAAUAAAUUUUGGACGCUAUCAAAAAUA